AUGGGUGGUGGCGGCGGUCGGUGGCAGUGGGUGGAGGCGGCGGUGGUCGACGGUGGCGUCGGUGCUCGAUGGAGGGAGGUGGCAGCGACAAUAGUGGGUGGUGGUCGGUGGUGUCGCCAGUGGUCAAUGGUGGAGGGAGGUGGCGACGACAACAGUGGGUGGUGGUCUGCGGUGUCGCCAGUGGUCGAUGGUGGAGGGUGGUGGCGGCGAUGGGUGGCGGUGGUCGAAAGUGGUAGGUUACGACGACGACGCUGGUCAGGGCUAGUGGCGGGAUGUUGGUGGCAAUGGUCGGUGGUAGUGGUAGUGGGUGGUGAUGAUUAG